GCGAUAUCUAAGAAGUCAGGUAACAAAACUAAAGCGCCUUCAAAAGCUCCUGGAAAAGCACAGAUUGCAAAGGCAGACUGGAAGGACAGCUUUAAGAAGAAACAAGCCGGUGUUUCCGAUAUGACGCUAUUAACGACAAUCUCUAACGACUCUAUCAACGACAACCUCAAGAAACGCUUCCAAGUGGGCGAGAUCUACACUUACAUUGGACACGUCUUGAUAUCUAUCAACCCAUUUAGGGAUCUUGGAAUCUACACUGAUCAGAUAUUACGUUCCUACAAAGGAAAGAAUAGACUCGAAAUGACACCACACGUCUACGCUAUCGCUGAAUCCAUGUAUUACAACAUGUCCGCUUAUAGAGAAAACCAAUGCGUUAUUAUCUCAGGUGAAUCCGGUGCUGGUAAGACUGAAGCUGCAAAGCGUAUCAUGCAAUACAUCGCAGAAGUAUCCGGCGGUCAGGAUAGCUCAAUUCAAGGUAUUAAAGACAUGGUACUCGCUACGAACCCAUUACUCGAGAGUUUCGGUUGUGCAAAGACACUCAGAAAUAACAACUCAAGUAGACACGGAAAAUAUCUCGAAAUUAUGUUCAACCACGCUGGUGAACCAGUCGGAGCCCGUAUCACAAACUACCUCCUUGAAAAGGGUCGUGUUGUUGGUCAAAUUACCGACGAACGUGACUUCCACAUCUUUUAUCAGCUCACUAAGGGCGCAUCGCAAGCUCAAAGACAAGCAUUUGGUUUACAAGGUCCAGACGCUUACCUCUACACAUCCCGCGCUGGAUGCUUAGAUGUUGGCGGUAUUAACGACGUUCACGACUUCUCAGAGACAAUCAAUGCAAUGAACACCAUCGGUCUCUGUGGUGAUGAACAGAACGAAAUUUUUAGAAUGCUUGCAUCUAUUCUCUGGCUUGGUAACAUUGUAUUUGUUGAAAAUGAUGAUGGAAAUGCCCAACCAGAUGACUCUGACACUCUUGACUUCAUCGCCUACUUGCUGCAAGUCAGUAGACCAUCUUUGGAGAAGGCAGUCACAUGUCGUGUCAUGGAAACACAAAGGGGUGGCAGACGUGGAUCAGUUUAUGAAGUACCACUCAAUCCAGCACAAGCUACAUCUGUUCGUGAUGCCUUUUCAAAAGCAAUCUACAACAAUCUCUUCGAAUGGAUCGUCGACCGCAUCAAUCGCUCUUUAGCACCAACACAAGCUAGUGACUACGUAAUUGGUAUUCUUGAUAUCUACGGUUUUGAAAUUUUCGAAGACAACUCAUUCGAACAGCUUUGUAUCAACUACGUUAACGAGAAACUUCAACAGAUAUUCAUUGAGUUGACAUUGAAGAAGGAACAAGAGGAGUAUUCGAUGGAACAAAUUCAAUGGCAACCAAUCAAGUUCUUCAAUAACAAAAUUGUUUGUGACUUGAUUGAAGAGAAGCGUCCACCAGGUAUCUUUGCAGCUUUGAACGAUGCUUGCGCAACAGCACACGCCGAUCCUGCUGCUGCUGACAACUCCUUUUCUCAGCGUUUGAAUAUGGUUUCUUCAAACCCUCAUUUCAACUUGCGUGGUAGUAAAUUUAUUAUCAAGCAUUACGCUGGUGAUGUCACCUACAAUAUUCAACAAAUGACGGAUAAGAACAAGGAUGCUUUGCUUAAGGAUCUCUUAAAUCUCAUUGAUGAGUCCAGCAAUCCAUUCUUACAAGGCUUAUUCCCUGAAAGACCUGAUCCAAACUCCAAGAAGAGGCCACCAACAGCAGGUGAUAGAAUUAAGGUUUCUGCAAACUUACUCGUCGACAAGUUGAUGGCAUCUCAGCCAUCUUACAUCCGUACCAUCAAACCAAAUCAAAACAGGUCUUCAUCGGAGUAUGAUGAUGCUGCAAUUCUCCACCAAAUUAAGUAUUUGGGUCUUCAAGAAAACAUUCGAGUAAGAAGAGCAGGAUUUGCAUAUAGAAAUACGUUCGAAAAGAUGAUUGAAAGAUUCUACCUUUUAUCACCAUCAACAAGUUACGCGGGUGACUACAUUUGGCAAGGAGACGCUAGAUCUGGAUGUGCACAAAUGCUCACUGACACUGGUAUUGCCAAAGAUGAAUGGCAACUUGGUAUAACAAAAGCAUUCAUUAAGAAUCCCGAAACACUUUUUGCUUUAGAAACAAUGAGAGACAAAUAUUGGCACAAUAUGGCUAGUAGGAUUCAACGUUCAUGGCGUGCGUACCUCCGUAGAAGACAAGAAAGUGCACAGAAAAUUCAACGUUUCUGGAUGUCAAAGAAAGAAGGUAUCGCUUAUGAGAAAAUUAGAACAUACGGUCAUCAACUUCUCGCCAACAGGAAAGAGAGAAGACGGUUCUCCCUCGUCAGUCAAAGAAGAUUUAUGGGUGAUUACUUGGAUGUCAAUGGCGAUAGUCCAACUGGACAAAUGCUUAGCCGUGUUUGUGGUAUUUCUAAGGCUGAGCCUGUGUCAUUCUCCUCUCGCGCUGAAAUUUUAGUAUCGAGAUUGGGUAGGACAUCUAAGCCAAGUCCACGUUUCGUCGUGCUCACAAAUAAGGCACUUUACAUUGUCGUCACCACAAAGGAGGGCACUAAUGUUGAGCGCAAGAUUCUUGUAGGUGCCAUCAAGGGUGCUUCGCUCUCUAAUCUUCAAGAUGACUUCGUCGUAUUGAACCUCGGUCCAACUGAAGAGGGCGACCCAAUUUUGGUUGUUAAAUUUAAGACAGAGUUUGUCACCCAAAUUAACAGGAUUGCGGGUGGAACAGUCACAGUCAAUGCUGGUCCAACAAUUGAUUAUACCAAGAAAAAAGACAAGAGGGCUCAAAUUAAGGCUGUUAAGGGUGACAUAAGCGCAUCGAAGCCUCAGGAGAGGAUAAAUGGCGCAACUUACAAAUCGCACACUAUAACAAUUGCUGGUGGUGAGCCAGCUUCAAGUGUUUCGAGACCACCUGUUCCUCGUAAGCCGCGCCCAGCAAAGUUGGCAGCAAAGAGAGGUGCACCAAGAUCAACGGCUGCACCACGUAGUGUACCGUUACCUGGUGGUGGUGGUAAACCGGCGCUCAAUACACCUGUACCUACGCCAGCGGCAAGGACUACACCACCUGUUCCGAGUGUACAUGCAAGUAAUCCUGUUGUUGCUCCUAGAGCCGUUCCACCAGCUCCGGCUGCACCUCCAGCUCCAGUUCGACCAGCUAGACCACCUUCACCAGAAAAGGAGAUGUGGAAGAGUAUUCAUCAGUUUGAUACCCAAGAAAGUGGUGAGCUGCCAUUAGAAAAGGAUGAGGAAGUAGAAGUCCUCAAUCAGGAUGCAUCAGGAUGGUGGCUCGUAAAGAACGGCAGCGGUGUCGAGGGAUGGUGCCCAUCGACAUACCUCAACAAGGUUCCACCAAAGCCAAAGCAGCCAGCAGCACCACAACCGCCAGUGCAAAGGUCUAUCCCAGCACCACCAGCUCCUGUCCCGGCUCCUUCUAAUGAAGGCCAAGCCAGCAGUUGCUCCAAAACCAAAACCAAAACCAGCCUCAAACGGCACUUCUAACGCUUCAAAUGGCGCACCACAGAUUGGUUUGCCAACUAACAAUGGAAGUGGUUUCGGCAACGACUUAGCAGCAGCCCUCUCUAAACGUCGUCAACCAGGGGCUGAUGACGAAUGGUAAAUAGUUGUAAUUAUCCGAGAUUAAAAGAUACUUAUAUCAUGAUACAUGCUUUGCUUUUGAAGAAAAAAAAAUAAUAC